AUGCAGGGCAUACGAUGUGCCUGUCGGCGAGCGGGUAGUGUAGCACAACUUGUACUUGGUAAACAACGUCAUUCACUUGCUAACCCAAGAUGGUCAAGACUAGCCUAUCAACCAAUCGCUAAUUUUCAUAUUGUUGGUAAACGAAAUGCCGCAGCCCAAUCAACACAACAAAAAACAGUGGAGAGUAAACAAACACAAACUGGCCAAAAACAACCAGUUCAAGCUGCUAAAGGUGCUAAAGGCCGAGUUGUAUCAGUCAUUGGUGCUGUUGUCGAUGUACAAUUUGAUGAACAAUUACCACCAAUUCUUAAUGCACUUCAAGUUGAUGGUCGUCAACCAAAAUUGAUUCUUGAAGUUGCACAACAUUUAGGUGAUAACACCGUACGAACUAUCGCUAUGGAUGGUACAGAAGGUCUUGUACGUGGACAACCAGUAACAGAUAUUGGUACACCAAUUAAAAUCCCGGUUGGUUCAGCAACAUUAGGUCGUAUUAUUAAUGUUAUUGGUGAUCCAAUUGAUGAACGUGGUCCUGUUAAUGCUGAAGAUUAUGCACCAAUUCAUGCUGAUGCACCACCAUUUACUGAUAUGAAUGUUGAACAACAAAUUCUUGAAACUGGUAUUAAAGUUGUCGAUUUAUUAGCACCAUAUGCUAAAGGUGGUAAAAUUGGUUUAUUUGGUGGUGCUGGUGUAGGUAAAACUGUCUUGGUCAUGGAAUUAAUUUAUAACGUUGCCACAUCCCAUGGUGGUUAUUCGGUAUUUGCUGGUGUUGNGUAG